UGAACAGACAGGCACGACACAGGGUCCCAAUUAAACAUUUUCAAUAAUUUAAAAAUAAGUAAUAGAGAAUAUCAGUUGUUUCAGUUACAGUAAGUAUAAAAUAAACUCGGCACUUUCAGUUAUUCAGAAUAUAUAUUCAAUGUUGCGGACCCUGACUAUUAACCUUACAAAAUGCCGGCGUACUGGUUAUGCUGAUUCAUUUAUUAGUAAAUACCGUCGGUAUUGUUCCGGGACGAUAGAGACCGAAAAAAAUUCAAAGCCAAGCAAAAUAGUUAAGGCCAUGGCUGUGGACAAGUCAAAUUUCCUGCUGCCAAACAACCAGAGGUUUGUGGAGUUGGAGAGCUCCCAAGCCUUCAACAACCUGACUAAUCAGGAAAAGUUGUAUGCUCAUUAUUUGAGUCAGGCUGCAUGGAAUGGAGGUCUAAUAGUCUUAAUGCAGACAAGUCCGGAGUCUCCAAUGAUCUUCUCCCUACUGCACAGGAUCUUCCUUGGGGAGCCCUUGGAGGAUCUGAAAAAAUCUGCCUUAGCAGCUGGUGCUACUGAGGAUGAUUUCCAAGCAUUCCUAGUGUACGCCGGUGGCAUUUUUGCCAACAGCGGCAACUACAAAGGCUUCGGCGACACCAAGUUCAUACCAAACCUGCCCAAGGAGUCCUUCGAGGUCAUCGUCAAGGCUUCCAAGGCUUACGAGAGUGACAACACGCAUAUAACCAAGCUAUGGCAGAACACACAGAAUGCUAUAUACAGCUUGGCGCCUAGGCUAACGAGUCUAGGCUUAGCUGAUAAGGGUGUCACCACAUACUUCUCCAGCAACUGCACGAAAGACGACUCGGACCUGGUGAACGAGUGGAUGAAGACCAAACGCAUCGAAGCGUACAUCUGCCGGACGUUCAAAACCACCGCCGAGGAUGGACUACCCCUCUUCACCAUCCGCUACGCCAGCGUCGACACGACCCCCCUAGCAACUACCCCCGAAAAAUACAAGAACGCCUACUUCAUCGAAUCCAGAGGGGACUACUCCCCCCUCCUAGCGCUCGCCACCGAACAUCUGAACACGGCCAUCACGCACGCCGCCAACGACAACGAGAGAAACAUGCUGAAACACUAUGUAAAGAGCUUCACUGAAGGCAGUUUGGACGAGCAUAAGGAGGGCAGUCGGUUCUGGAUUAGGAAUAAGGGGCCUAUUAUUGAGACAUAUCAAGGCUUCAUAGAGACGUAUCGCGACCCGGCCGGCCAGCGGGGCGAGUUCGAGGGCUUCGUGGCCAUGGUCAACAAGGAGAUGUCCAAGAAGUUCGGCGCGUUGGUGGACGGCGCCGAGAGGUUCAUAAAGCUGCUGCCGUGGGGCUCGGAGCUGGAGAAGGACACAUUCCUGAGGCCCGACUUCACCAGCCUGGACGUGCUGGCCUUCUCGGGCAGCGGCAUCCCCGCCGGCAUCAACAUCCCCAACUACGACGAGAUCCGACAAAACGAGGGCUUCAAAAACGUUUCACUCGGCAACGUAAUCCCCGCCGCGUACAAGGAAUCCGUCAUUCCCUUCCUCAGUGACUCUGACAAGCAGUUGCUGGAAAAAUACAGAGUGCCCGCUUUUGAGGUGCAAGUGGGCCUGCACGAGCUGCUCGGCCACGGCAGCGGCAAGCUGCUGCGACAGAACGCGGACGGCUCCUUCAACUUCGACAAGGACACAGUCAAGAACCCGCUCACAGGGAAGGCUAUCUCGUCGUGGUACAGCGAGGGCGAGACGUACGACAGCAAGUUCACGACGCUGGGCUCGGCCUUCGAGGAGUGCCGCGCCGAGGCCGUCGGCCUCUACCUGUCGCUCGUGCCCGAGAUACUCCAGGUAUUCGGCUACUCCGGCGAAGAAGCACAGAACGUGACGUACGUGAACUGGCUCAGCUUGCUGUGGAACGGCGCCGCCAAGGCCACGGAGAUGUACCAGCCGUCCACUGGCACCUGGCUACAAGCACACGCACGCGCACGCUUUGUGCUGAUGCGGCUGUUGGAGCUGGAAGGCAACGGGCUGCUGACCGUCGUGGAGGCCGCGCCCGGCCGCGACCUGCUGCUGGCGCUGCGGCGGGACCGCCUCGCCACCGACGGCAAAAGGAUCAUCGGCGACUUCCUGGUGAAGCUACAGACGCUGAAAGCGACAGGCGACGCCGCUGGUGCAGAGACCCUGUUCGACAAGUACAGCCGCCUCGACGAGCCCUGGGGCAGGUGGAGGGAUAUCGUCAUGCUGCACAAACAGCCCAGGAAUAUCUUCGUGCAGCCCAACACCAUUCACAAAGGUCAGUCUGACUGUUCGACAAGUACAGCCGCCUCGACGAGCCCUGGGGCAGGUGGAGGGAUAUCGUCAUGCUGCACAAACAGCCCAGGAAUAUCUUCGUGCAGCCCAACACCAUUCACAAAGGUGACGACGUAGAGUUGCGCCGGUACCCGGCCAGCGCGGAGGGCAUGGUGCGCUCGUGGCUGGAGCGGUUCCCGGCCGCCGCCGUGUCCGACCUGCUGGAGCAGCUCGCCGAGGCCGACAAGCCCCACUUCACCGACGUCACGGUCUUGCAUGACAGUUAAAUGCUCAGUCAAAUUAUCCGUCUCUAGUCUCCUGGAACUUAUACGGAUACGGUGUGGCGAAAUUUGAAGUAAUUUGCAUUGGAGCGACUUCGAAAGCUUUUUUGAAAAUGCCAAAUACUCGUAUCUAUAAAACUAUAAGCAGUUUAUAUAUUAGUAACACGCUAAUGCAACGCUUACCAAGCCAUCUCGCUGAAUGUUGCUACUAGAGAUUCAAUGGAUAUCCGGUUACUAUCCGGUGUCUGGCCAUAUUUUACCUAUCCGGCCGAUAACCGUAUAGUUGUAUAGUAUCCGUCUGGAUACCGGAUAGUACUUUAUCACGAUAUUUAUUUUAUGAAUACAAUAUACACUAAACACUAAAACUUCUUAUAAAUAACAAAAUAAAGUUAAUUUAUAAGCACUCGCAACGAAAAUAUUUAAAUACCCACGAAGAAAUUUGUAACGUACCGCUAUUCAAUAAUCACUGUAAGUGAAUUUAGUUCAUUUAUCUAUAAACAACGGCCUAUAACUAGAAACAAGUUGCAACGUGUAUCGAACUGUAAGUAAUUGCGAUAUCUAAUUUAAUUAAUUUUUACAAAACUUUUAGCCGGAUAUUCGGCGGUCCCAACGGCCGGAUAUCCGGUAUCCGGCCAAAUCACUAUCCGUUGCAUCUCUAGUUGCUACAGUAGAGAGUGCUUAUAGUUUGUAGAAAUUAGUCAUUUUCAAAACUACCCCGCUUUCGAAGUUAUCCCAAUGCAGUUUCUAUACUUAAUGCAAUUGCAAACACGUUUCAAACAUUGAGAUUGUCAAAAAAAAAUUCUCGGAGAUUAUGAAUUUAUGACCGUCAUACUAUUAGCCCUACAUAACGGUAACACUAUCAGUUGUCAAUAACGAGGCCAAUUCUAACUUGUAUAUCAUUUUGUUGUCAAUCGUCCUUGCUGUGUCUCGCUUGUACAGACAAGUACAAGUGAAACAACGAAUGCCAUCAAAUAUAUAUCAAAAUGUAUGUUCAUAUUGGCCUUGAGGGUGAUUUUUUAUUGCAUUGUUAUUGUGCAAGUACCUAAGGAUAGUUUUCUACCUGUACAAUUUCUUUGUCCAAUGUGCAUUGCGUUUCACUCUCUCAUUAAGCCAAAUGUGAGAUGCAAAUACACAUUGGCCAAGAAAUUGGACAAGUGGAAUACCAUCCUAAGGCUCUUAAUUAUAACCGACGAAAGUUACAUCUGAAGAUUAAGAGCUGGAACUCCUAUUAUAUCAAAUAAAUGCAUUUUUAACCCAA